AUGGGGAGCGGCGAGACGCUGGAUAACUUCGCCGGCAAAAUCAGCAGCAUGGCGGCGCGAUACACCGGGCUGGGAUCGGCGCUGGAGGACGCGGCGAUGCUAAAGAAGCUGCUGGAUUGUGUCCCCGAUAGCCUGUACGCGGCAGUCGCCGGGAUGGAGCAGUUCUGCGACCUGUCCAUGCUCCUGUUCGAGGACGCGCUGGGGCGGCUGAAGGCGUUCGACGAGCGGCUGCGUCGGCGCGGGCAGGCGGGCAGCGAGCGGGCAGACGGUCAGCUUAUGUACACGGCGGCGCAAUGGAGGGCACGGGAUCGGCAGCGCGGUGGUGCUCGGGACGACGACGACGCACACAGCGAGGCUUCGGGCUUCGGCGGGAAUCGGCGCGGCCGCUGCUACAAAUGCGGCGACCAUGGACACUUCAAGUGUGAGUGCCCGCAGAUGAAGAAGGCGCCGGCACCGGAGCGAGCUCUGCUGGUGGACGGCGACGUCGAGGACUCCGGGCUGCUCUGA